UCCCAUGAUGCCUGUUAGUGGAGAUGAGAUCACAAAACAUAUUAGUCGUUGCUCAGUAUGCCAGUCACCUGGCCCACUCCUCACUGUUCACAGUCAAAGUGAAGAUGUCCCACAGUGCCCCAGUGGAUGGUCUGAGAUGUGGACAGGGUACAGUUUUGUGAUGCAUGCAGUAGGUGCCACAGCAGGUGGCCAACAGCUCGCCAGUCCUGGCAGUUGUCUUGAGGAUUUCCGUGCCCGACCUUACAUCGAAUGCAACUCUAAGGGAGAGUGUCACUAUUUCUCUGAUAAACACAGCUUUUGGCUGGUCACCAUGGGGGUUGAACCUUUUGAGACUAAAGUUAUCCCCGAUACUCUGAAGAACAUCCGGCUACGUGAUAAGAUAGGACGAUGUAAAGUUUGUGUUCUAAACCCUCAAUUGAUGGACUUUACUAUUACACAGCCAGAUCCUGUUACCUCCACAUAAUUUACAAUAUUAACUGUCAAUCUCCAAAUCAGCAUUUACAUUGUAAAUAAAUUGCAUGAGAAUUUACGCUUGAAAUAUUUUUAUAGAAUUUUUUGGUAGAAUCUAGGAUAUAGAACCUAAACUGUAGCAAUACUUAAAAUACACUAUCGGUCUCAAUGCUCUAGAACUUGUGAAUAUUCAUUUGGGAGAAGUAGUAAUUGUCCUCCUAUCGAAUCCUAUGGAACAUUAACAUAAUUACAAAAUGAUUUAGGACCUAAUAUACUGUUGCAUCCUGAGAGUGUGAAGCAUUUUG